AGUAUUGCACGGACUUGACGCAAUUAAAGUCAGAUUUUUCUUUUUUUGAACUUUCAGCCCUAAAACCCUAAUUAUAAUUGGUCCGCUUCAAAUCUCGAUCCCGGCGUCGCCGUCACGAAAUUCCGGUCAUCUCUAUCAAGCUCCGCAGCAGAUAUGUCAUUCAUGAAAGGGAACCUAUUGGAAAAAACUAGAAAGCUUGUGAAGGGUUUGGCCAAAGCUGAGCCUGUUUGGCUUAAAGCCAUGGAACAGGCACCCCCAGUGACAUUUGCUCGUGCUGAUAGCAAAAUAAAGACGAUCAGUCUUCCUGAGGAUGUUUAUAUCAAAAAGUUCUUUGCAAAGUACCCAGAUUCCAAACACGAAGAUGCCAUCAAGUUUUCUGCUUUUGAUGCUCCACCUGCUCGUAUCUAUGGCUGGCGGGUCCUUGAACUAAAAGAGCAGGGGGUGACUGAGGAGCAAGCUAUGGCUGUAGCAGAUAUGGAAUAUCGGACAGAGAGAAAAUCCAGAAAGAAGGCAUACACACGCUUGAAGCAAAUUGCACGCCUGCAAGGAAAGAAGCCUCCUCCAAACCCAUAUCCUUGUCCUAUUAAAGAGAUACAAGCUGAAGAGAAGAAAUAUAUCCAUGAGCGUUUCAAUGAUCCCAAGGUAUAUAAACUUUUGGAGAAGAUUAAAGCAGAGAAUAUGCAGGAAAGGAUGAGUAGGAGUGGGGGUGGAAUUGGAAAUGGGAAUGGGAAUGUUGUUUAAAAUUGCUUACGUUUUAUAAAAGAUGAAGAUGCUUUCAGCUUUGAAGAUUUUUGGCUUGGGAAAUGUUGUGUACUGCAAAAUGAAUUGUGUUAUCACAAAUUAUGUAGUCAUCUUUACUGUCAGGCCUCAUUUAUCUGGCCUCAAGUGCUGCGAAAUGGCUAAUGGCUAUUGUCACUACAUCUAUAGGCUAAAAUAAGAACUGGAAAAAUUGUUUCCAGUAUUGAUGAAUAUUUUUUUCAUGUAUUAAUGGAAAUAUAUUUGUUAAAA